UCAGUUGAAGUUUUACUGUAAACCAUGUACAAUUGCCUCGCAAUUUAAAAUAGUGGCCAGCAUUUUUGUUUUUACCGAUUUAAAUUAAAUUCCUGCGGAAAAAUGCGGUACGCUUUGUCUUAUAUCGCGAGUGCCCUAACAACUGUAGUCCUUAGUAUUUUCGUUACCUAUUAUAUUGUUACUGGAAAAGGGGAACAAGUCAGUUUUUCAUGGUUUCUCCUAAAUUCAACGCCCUAUUUAUGGGGUUCGUUGGGUAUAGGUUUGGCAGUUUCCUUGUCUGUAGUAGGAGCAGCCGUAGGUAUUCACACUACAGGAGUUAGUAUAGUAGGAGGUGGUGUGAAAGCGCCCAGGAUUAAAACGAAAAAUUUGAUUUCCAUUAUUUUCUGCGAAGCCGUCGCAAUUUACGGCUUGAUUAUGGCCAUCGUCCUGAGUGGAAGCUUCAAGGAAUUCAAAGAUGUUAGGUUCGAAAACGAUGUAAAAGUCUUCAAUGCGAACCACUUCGGUGCUCACAUAAUAUUCGGAUCGGGCCUAACUGUUGGAUUUGUGAACCUCGUUUGCGGAUUUUGCGUCGGUAUAGUCGGCUCAGGAGCUGCGAUUUCUGAUGCCGCCAAUCCCGCACUGUUCGUGAAAAUUCUCAUCAUCGAGAUCUUCGCCAGUGCUAUCGGUCUUUUCGGUCUCAUUGUAGGAGUCUACUUGACUUCCAAAGGAAGCAUGGGUUAAAUGUAUCUGCAACAAUACAUUUUGUUUUGUAUAUAAUUUAAAAUAAAAAUGUAAGUAGGAUAGUUGUACAUUUCAUUUUACAGUAACGUGAAUUUUAUGUUUUUUGUUAUGUAGAUAUAAAAAGUUUUAAUGGUGUUCGGUACGAGUAAAUUCAAAGAGAGUGAAAAGGCAUAACAUUCAAAUUACUGUAUAAGGGUCAUUUUUAAUAGAUUAGAGUAAUUAUAUGGCCCAAAAUAAUAAAAAUUGCUGUAGAAUUCAUUACAAAAAAUAAAUUUCUUGCGAUUUGAAAAAUUCUUCGUGUACUCUGGUGUAAUUAAUACAUUGUGUA